AACACAUUCGACUCAUCUGUGUUUAGUGGCUUUACCUACAGCGUCCUACUCUCAGUCAACAUGAUUUCCCUCUGUGGUCUUCAAAACCUUGUGCCAGCUGUGCUGAUAUGGGUAAUGACUAUUAAGUCUUGCUUGUGUCAGUCCGAAGAGAAUUCAACUGCCAUGACCUACCAAGAAUAUAACUACUCCAUUGUGGAUUAUAAUGACUUUCCUGCACUUUGUGAGAAAGAAUCCAACCGCCACUUCCGUCUCUGGUUUAUGUCCACCUUCUACUCCCUUAUCUGCUUCCUGGGGCUGGUAGGAAACAUACUGGUCAUCCUAACCUUCUUCUACUUCAAGCGUCUCAAGACCAUGACAGAUGUGUACCUGCUCAACCUGUCCUUUGCAGACCUGCUCUUUGCUCUGACACUCCCCUUCUGGGCAGCCAACUCCAUGGCACAGUGGGUGCUUGGCCUGAUAGUGUGCAAAUCCAUGCAUGCCAUUUACAAGGUCAGCUUUUACAGCAGCAUGCUCCUUCUCUGUUUCAUCAGCGUGGAUCGCUACUUUGCAAUCUCCAAAGCAGUCUCCGCUCACCGCCACCGCUCCCAAGCUGUGUUUUUCAGCAAGGUGUCAUCAGCUGUCAUUUGGAUUAUGGCAAUGAUCUUCUCCGUACCAGAUAUGAUGUACACCACCAUCAACAACAGAACCUGCACCCCGUACUCAAGCAGUUCUGACAAGCUCCGCAUCGGCAUCCAGGCAAGCCAGAUUGUUUUGGCUUUUGCCCUUCCACUCCUGGUCAUGAGCUUCUGUUACAGCAGCAUCAUCCAGACCCUUUGCCAAGCUCGUAACUUUGAACGGAAUAGGGCCAUAAAGGUGAUUCUUGCUGUGGUAGCUGUCUUCCUGGUCUGCCAGGUACCUUAUAACCUGGUCCUAUUUUGGAUCACAGUUGUUGCAGCACAAGGGGGAACCGAGGACUGCCACUAUGAGAAUCAUCUCCUUUAUGCCACUGAUGUCACCCAGUGUGUGGCCUUCCUGAGGUGCUGUCUAAACCCCUUCGUUUAUGCCUUUAUUGGAGUAAAGUUCCGUCGCGACCUCCUGAAGCUUCUGAAGGACUUUGGAUGCAUGAGCCAGGAAAGGUUCUUCAGGUAUACGUGCGGCAGGAGGAGGAGCUCAGUGGCCAACGACACUGAGACAACCACCACCUUCUCUCCAUAAAGCUGUGUCAGUGUGAACAACAGCCUAUUCAGAGCUUCACAAUGUGGACUGCUGAACAUUUGAAUACAAGUCUCAAAUCAACAGUGUAUCUUACAUGUACAUAGCAGAAGUUGACUUUUGAACAACAAACUAUUGGAAUUGUUGCUGCUUCUCUCGCUGCCUUUUUGGGUUCAGUCUUGCGAGUUAACAUCGCAGAAAGCUUUGCAUAUAUUUUUUCUUGGCUACAGUGUACAGUAUUUCAAAGAAUUCCCAGUGUUAAUGAAAAACCAUAUAGUGUUAUUAUUUCACCUUUUGAACAUUAAACACACUGAA